AAUUUCCUCCGGGGGCACGGAAGUUGCUAGUUUGUCAGGGAGGAGGCCUUUAUCAAGUUUACCUGCGGCGAGGUCCUCCCGGGCUCAGGGACACAUAGCGUUCGCAGCAAUUCUGCAUCAGGACUAACGUGCGCCGGGCUCCCCUUGUGGAUUCCGAGCCCGAGUGCCCUAACGUUCAACAGCUUGACAUCCCAGGUUCACUCGGCUUCCGAGGAAUUAGGCGACCAGGUUGAGUUUGGAGAAUUGGUGGGGACUCUUGCAGCCAAAAGUAACAUUUUCUAGUUCUUCCUGUCCUCCACAGAGCCAUCAAGAAACCGACAAUGUUUCCUUGAGUUUUCUUCGGUAUUUGCUUCAUCAAUGUCUCUGAUAUUGAACAUUUUAAGAGAGAUGCUGGAAUAUUUUGGUGUUCCCGUAGACCAGUUUUUGCAGGUUUGGGGAAGUAAACACUAUGGAUCAACCCGGAGUCUUGUUCGUAUUAUAGGAAGAAUGCUUCCUUUAGAACCAUGUCCCAGACCCAGUUUUGAGUUGUUACCAGUCUUGAACUGUGACAAUGACUGUGGUUCUCUAGUUCCAUCUUUUGCUGAUAUUUUAUGUGUGGCAAAUGAUGAGGAAGCCAGUUACCAAAGAUUUCGAAAUAGUUCGUGGAAAAAUGAAGAGGAGAAAAUGGAGUUUUCCUAUCAUUCACAACCAGUUUGGGAUCUAUCAUCACCUGCUCUAAGAUACAACAAACCAGUUAAAAGUAUUCGUCCUGCAAAUGAUGCCGCAAUUAAAAAAAUAGCUGCUCUUGAAGAUGAGUUAGCUUUUCUUCGUUCUCAGAUUGCUACAAUUGUGAAAAUGCAGACAUUGGGAAACAGUACAAAUUCUGGCUCCUUUGACUUUAACGAUGAUCCUAGUGAUUUGGGACAAACACAGUCGUCAGGAACUGCUCAACUGAAUGUUGAAUCAGAGCCACUUUCAAGUUCAGUGCAUGCCUUUCCUCCUCCUCCACCACCACCACCACUGCCAUCUGAGAUGCCUUCUCUACAGCUUCCUUCUUCUCUCCAGCUAGGAUCUAAUAAUACAUGUGACUCAAAUAAUUCAGCAGCUGAAAUGAAAAAACAACAGCAUCCAGAUUUUAGUAAGAAGAAUUAUAAUCAGCAUUCAAAAAACCAGAAAAGUAAAGAGGUUCCAAACAUGUUGGAUGUUCUAAAGGAUAUGAAUAAAGUUAAACUUCGUGCUGUUGAGCGAUCACCUGGAGGUAGACCCAUUCAUAAGCGGAAAAGACGCAGUUCAGAUUGGGACCCAGUGUCUUUAAUAUCCCAUGCACUGAGGCAGAAAUUUGCAUUUCAAGCAGAUGAUUCCUUUGAUAAAGAAAAUAGGUCUUGGGAAUCUUCUCCAUUUUCUAGUCCGGAAACAUCAAGGGUUGGACAUCACAUUUCACAUUCAGAACAGUGAACUAAAGGAAGAACUUAGAAGUGCAAAAGGUGCUGAUCAAGAUGUGAAUGUAGCUGUGUCUAUAGACUUAAGAAGGGAUGAUGGCAGACAUAUAGCCUGUAUUUCCUUUAUUGCAUCUUAAAGGACUACAUCUUCUAUCUGAUAUCUGAGUGUGGUGAUCUGAACAAUCUUAGUUCUUAAGAAUAGCUAUCUCUGGUUUUUAGAAGAUCCAACAUUUAGGAAGCUAUUGCUUGGUACCUAGAAGUAUAGAUUUUUUUCCAUGUAUGUUAAUGUCAUUAAAAGCUGAAUAUAUACUUAAAAUGCUUUUUUCUAAGUGUUACAUAGUAAGUGAUGUUAUUUCUCAGCAAACAUCAGAAUGUCACUACCAGGUGACAGAAACCAUUUUAAUUAAUACAAACUAAAUCUAUAUUUGGAUUUUUAAAAAGUAUUGUUAUAUAUUUUAAAGAGAAUCAUAUAGUUUGAACCUUAUAAUAUAUAUAUUUUUUUGAAUCAUUUUUUUUGUUUGUUUUUUAUUCCCUUUUGUUGCCCUGGUUAUUUUAUUGUUGUAGUUAUUACUGAUGUUAUUUGUUAUCGUUGUUGGAUAGGACAGAGAGAAAUGGAGAGAGGAGGGGAAGACAGAGAGGAGGAAAGACAGACACCUGCAGACCUGCUUCACCGCCUGUGAAGCGACUCCCCUGCAGGUGGGGAGCUGGGGGCUCGAACCGGGAUCCUUACGCUGGUCCCUGCACUCUGCACCACAUGCGCUUAACCCGCUACGCCACCGCCCGACUCCCUGAACCUUAUAAUAUUUUUUUCCUGACUUUAUAAUUAUUUUUUGAAACUGAUUUUGACUGUUAAAUGCCAGAAGUAGAAGGAUUUUAAAAAUCUCCUUGAUAAGUCUACUGACAUUUGCUAUGUAAAUAAUACAUGUGCCUAGCAUAUAGUUACCUUUGCUGUUUAUUACAUUUAUAUUCUGCUGCUUUGUAAAUAAACUUGGUUUUGAACUUGG